AUGUUUCAGCUGGCGGCCUUGGCACCGCAGCACUGGCGCCUUCUCCUCGCUGGGAUCCCCCACGGGCACCCGCAGAGCGCUCCGAUUUUGAGGCGCAUGUUGGAGGCAUUCCAACCGGCGAUGCUUUUCCUGGAGAUUGACAAACAAGAUCUCGCGGGCUUGAAAGCAAGGUCGGGAUCAUCAGAUUCCGUGGCUGCAGAAUGUGUCGAAGCACUGAGGUGGGCGGAUGGGCACAGCAGAAAACUGGCUCCAAUUGACCGUGAACAACUGACGACACGCCGUCGUUUGGCACAGAGCCUGUCCUUGCAUCCGGGUCAGCUUCUGAGUUCGAGGAGGCACUGGGGUACAGUGGUGCCACCGACUGCCUGCGCGACGGCUUGGAGAGAGCUCCUUCUGCAAGACUGCCCCAUCUUGCAUGAGGUCAUGCUGGAAGCAUGCGAACGCUGA